CGGCAUGUCCUUGUCCCUUUGUCCCCUUCCUGGUCCACGGUCCCUUGGCUUGAGAGAAAACAGUUGGCUCAGGGAUGUCGGAGAUCCCCACGGCUUAGACAGUCUCCACAUUGGCGGCCUUUGCCGCCCACUCCCCACCGCCCCCAGGGAGAUGCCUGGCCUGAAUACCCCUCAUCUUGUCCUUGGUCACCUUCCAAACUGUUGUCUAGACCUGGGAUGGCGCCUGGCCUGGAGGAGCACUAUUUAAAGAGCCACCCCGAGCUGUCCCCGGACCUGCUGCAGCACUCAAAAUCACGACAGACCAUGGCACCCAGAAGAGCCCGGAAGAGAGCAGAGGGCACAGCCAGUUCCAAUGUCUUCUCGAUGUUCGACCAGUCCCAGAUUCAGGAGUUUAAAGAGGCCUUCACUAUCAUGGACCAGAACCGGGAUGGCUUCAUCGACAAGGAGGACCUGAGGGACACCUUUGCCGCGCUGGGUCGCAUAAACGUCAAGAACGAGGAGCUGGAAGCCAUGGUGAAGGAAGCUCCAGGGCCCAUCAACUUCACAGUCUUGACCAUGUUUGGGGAGAAACUCAAGGGCACGGACCCAGAAGAGACCAUCCUGCACGCCUUCAAGGUGUUUGACGCCGAAGGAAAAGGCUUCGUCAAGGCCGACUUCAUUAAGGAAAAACUUAUGACUCAGGCUGACCGGUUCAGUGAGGAGGAGGUCAAGCAGAUGUUUGCAGCUUUCCCGCCAGAUGUCUGUGGCAACUUAGACUACAGGAAUCUGUGCUACGUCAUCACACACGGCGAGGAGAAGGACUAGAAGACAUGCUCCCUCUAUACCUGGAGUCGGCCGGGACUGGCUGCCUUGGGGGACCCGUGCAAGGCUCCUGGUGCCAGCAUGGGCAGGGGAAGCAGUCUCCAUCACCCUCGGAGUCUGGAGCUGAAGCGGGAAUAAAUAAC